AUGAUUGAGGACGAGUUCAAGUAUUUUUGUUUGAGUGGCGACAUCCCUGUCGGUGAGUCGAGCACCUGGCACGUUACCGAUUGGGACCAGAGACGGGUGGUUUCAGUAACUAUGGACGGGGAGCAGGACGACGAUAGUAUUGCCAUUAAGCAUUACAGCCGCUAUAGCAGCCAACUUUCUCGCGACAUCUAUAGGAUACAUGUAUCGCAUACCGGCGAGAUCAUCUCGACAUAUACUGAUCCGGAGAACGAUCCGACCUGCUGCGUGCACUAUCCAUUCCGUCACGAAGUCUUUCUCCCGGAAGGGAUUCAGACAGUACGGCGGGACGAACUUGAGGAACUCGACAGGCUUGGCCCUGACGUGGACCUUGUCGCAUACCCUCCAUGCCUGGGCGGAUCUGCCAAAAAGGUUGUAUUUAAAUACUACUUCUUGUGGCAGUAUGCGCAAUGGUCCUGGAAGGAGAUGAACCUGUGGAUGCGCCUGCCCCGCCACCCAAAUAUUGUUCCGUUUGACCGGGUUGUCGUUGACGAGCUCGAGGGUCGGGUGGUUGGAUUCACCAACAUCUACGUGCCUGGUGGCAGUCUACAGCAGAACCAGUCGCGCGUUUUCAGACUGGAGUGGCUACAGCAGCUCAUAAGGGUUGUAGACGAGUUGAACCUCCGAUACGGUAUCGCGCACCAGGACAUCGCCCCGCGAAACCUCGUGGUUGACGAGUCAACAGACUCUAUCAUGCUCUUCGACUUUAAUUUUGCAGCCCGAAUUCAUCGUCCUUCACCUGGGGAGGAGUGGGUGAAGCACCCGGGGGUGAAGCUUAACCACCCGGUUGCAUCAUACCAGCUCAUUUUGCAAGAAUGGCGGGAGCGAAGGGCAGGAGCCCUCUAUGCCGCCCAUCCAGGCGACGUUCCAGAGGCCAUUGACUGGCCUUCCAUGCCCAAGCCACCGCAGAAGACUGAAACUUUCAUGGACGCACAUGGGCAGGCGUCCUACAUGACUGUAGAAGAUUGGGAUGAGAGCCGGCAGGAUGUGCGGGACAGGGGUGGUAAGGUCUUAAACUGGGAACGGCCGCCGCAGAGACUUUUAGACAGCGGGACCCGGGUGCUCUCCACCGGUGAAGUAAUCAACUGCUAG